AAGUACCUACUCCUAUUUUUGCCAGAAUAUGCCUGACUUCUGUGCAGCCUAUGGAUGCUCCAAUGAGCGCAGCACCCAAACCAGAGCCCGUGGGAUCACCUUUCACCUAUUUCCCAAAGCCAGAGAGAGGAGGAGGCAGUGGGAAGUUGCCCUUAGAAGGGCUGGUUUUGCGGCCAAUAACAGGACGAUGAUCUGCAGCGAGCACUUUAAGAGUGCAGACUUUGACAGGACGGGGCAGACUGUCCGUCUGAGAGAUGGUGUUGUGCCGUCAAUCUUCAGCUUUUCAGCUCAUCUUCAAAGGCCGGAAGCAGAAAGAAGGAGCACCCCCUCCAGAGGAGAGGAAGACCUCCCUCUGGACUUGUCUCAAAAGAAACCUCAGCCUAAUGUUCAACAGAGAGCCACUGGAGCGAGGAGAAAGAGGCUGAAGCGAGCGGCUCCUGACCACCUGUACGCGCUGCCUGCUUGCCCCGAGGCUGUAAAGGCCAAGAUCAAUGCAGCCUCGGUACGGUUGAGGAAACUCCAGCGGAUAUAUUAUAAGAUCGAUGAAGAGGUUUCCAAACUGCUGGAGCUGAAGGCCCAGUUGGGAGGAGACGAUGGCAAACACCAGUUUGUCCUCAAAACGGCAAAGGGAACCAGAGACUACAACCCCAAACAGAUGGCCAUCAGAGAGAAGGUGUUCAACACCAUCAUCAGCUGCUUCAAACGUCACGGAGCAGAGACCAUCGACACGCCGGUCUUUGAACUGAAGGAAACGCUGACAGGGAAGUACGGAGAAGACUCCAAGCUCAUCUACGACCUGAAGGACCAGGGAGGAGAGCUGCUGUCGCUCAGAUACGACCUCACCGUUCCCUUCGCGCGCUACCUGGCCAUGAACAAGAUCACCAACAUCAAGCGCUAUCACAUCGCUAAGGUGUAUCGCCGAGACAACCCCGCCAUGACUCGUGGGCGCUACAGAGAAUUCUACCAGUGUGAUUUUGACAUUGCAGGUCAGUACGAUGCCAUGAUCCCGGAUGCCGAGUGUCUGAAACUGGUCCAUGAAAUCCUCAGCGGGCUGGAGCUGGGAGACUUCCGCAUUAAGGUCAACGACAGACGCAUCCUGGACGGCAUGUUUGCCGUGUGCGGAGUUCCCGACGACAAGUUUCGCACCAUCUGUUCAACGGUUGACAAACUGGACAAGAUGUCCUGGGAGGACGUCAAGAAGGAGAUGGUGGGAGAGAAGGGCCUGUCGGAGGAAGCUGCCGACCAGAUCGGAGACUACGUCAGCAUGAAGGGUGGGAAGGAUCUAGCAGAGCGCCUCCUCCAGGAUCCCAAGAUGUCCCAGAGUAAGCUGUCCUGCGCCGGCCUGUCGGACAUCAAGCUGCUCUUCAGCUACCUGGAGCUGUUCCAGGUCACAGACAAGGUGGUGUUUGACCUCAGUCUGGCUCGAGGUCUGGACUAUUACACGGGGAUCAUUUACGAGGCGGUGCUGACUCAGGCCGGCGUGGCGCCGGCGUCCAGCGACGGCCUGAACGGGGCAGAGGAAGGCGUCAGCGUGGGCAGCGUGGCCGGAGGGGGGCGAUACGACGGGCUGGUGGGCAUGUUCGACCCCAAGGGCAGGAAGGUGCCCUGCGUGGGCGUCAGCAUCGGCAUCGAGAGGAUCUUCUCCAUCAUGGAGCAGAAGGCCGAGGCCUCGGCUGAGAGGGUUCGUACCACGGAGGUCCAGGUCAUGGUGGCGUCGGCUCAGAAGAACCUGCUGGAGGAAAGACUGAAGCUGGUCCGGGAGCUCUGGGACGCCGGCAUCAAGGCUGAGCUCAUGUACAAGAAGAACCCCAAGCUGCUGAGUCAGCUGCAGCACUGCGAGGACUCUGGGAUCCCCCUGGUGGCCAUUCUGGGGGAGCAGGAGCUGAAGGACGGCGUGGUCAAACUCCGCAUGGUGGCCACCAGAGAAGAGGUGGAUAUAUCCAGAGCCGAGCUCACGGCUGAGAUCAAGAAGAGGACGUCCCAGGCCUGACCGCUCCUUCAUACCCGUCUCCUGACCGGCUCUGCGGCCCCUCCACCAGAACUCCUGGGCCGGGCCGGUCGUCCAUACAUGAAGGCCAGCAGCCCUGGUGGCCCCGCGUGGACGGGGCUGGUGAAGAGCAGGCGGAAGAGCAGGCGCUGCACACGCCGCCAGGGAGGGACUGUUUCAGCCACGGAGCUUAUUUAAAUGUUGUUGUUCAGCCGCGCUCUGGAGAUUAGACGCUGAAUAAAGCCAUCAUGUCAAA